AUGUCCUUCGAGUCAGCUCAGGAGCUCAUAAGAGUCUUCGAACUUACUGAAAAGGAUCUCGCGGUCCUUCAAGUUCCGUCUUGGUUUCGCGACCUACCCUAUGCUCAAGGCGAGCUUGAACUUCGGAAGUGUCUUACAGCCUACAAUGUUUACCAUGGCGUUGAAUAUCGUGGCAUCGGCGAAGAGGAAUUAAGAAUACUUUUGAUUCGAGAAUUUAACGCAAAGGCAGUAAAGGCAGAAAAGGCUGCGAAUAAGGCUUUGAAAAAGGCUGCUAAGGAUAAGGGCAUGACAGGAUUCGUGGAACUGAUGGAUUCAAAAUUCUUGGACCAAGGCAUGGGUAUUCCUCCCGCGCUUGAGAACGACGAAGCUUUUGGACCAGAGGAAAGGGCAACUAUUUCCAGUAUCAAUAAUGGGCGCCCAUUACCCCCUCCCCUUAUGUCCGAACUGAAGGCUCGAAUCCUUGAAAAUCUCAAAAUCUCAGCCGAAUAUCAAGCGUGCCCGUAUAAGCGCAAACGCAAUUCAGGCAAUGGAAUUUCGCCUAAAGUGUCUCGGUCUCGUGUUCAAAAGAAGUACAAGUACUCGAAUCAGGCCAAUAAAUCAACUGGGAACUCUGUUAAACACGGCAUGCAUCCGCCCUUUAUUGAAGCUGAGGAUUACUUCGGAUUGGUUCUACAAACGGCACAGACGCAUAACGACGCCCCCACGUUCCAACCGGCAGAGACGCAAGCCUAUGAUACCUCGGAUGGCACAUGUCCCAGCUAUGAGCUAGACCAGCCCGUGGACUUAGCUACCCUCGACUUGAACCUGCAAUAUGUCGGAUUAGUACCUGAUCCCAAUGGCCCGGCGCCGCAUGGCAACGGGAAGGGGGCGAUGCAAUUGCCGCCCUACCACAAAACUACGGCUUCGCCUAUGCCUUCGGAGAACCCUGAUCUCUGGUCUUGCUACGCGUCACCCACUGCUCUAAAUUUGUCCCCUGAAACCCUUGGAUUAUCACAAAUGGCUUCGCAAAGUUCAAGACCCGGACAACUACAGGAUGCUUCGACCUUAAUUCAACAAGAUGGCCACCCCCACUUCCAGAGCCAGGGCAUGUGGACACCUUCACCCCCCGACAAUUAUCAACGCUACUAUCCAGAUGGUUACGAAUCGAUUUACACCAAUCCAGCUGCAGAUAGCCUGAGCUCCGAGGUACUUCUCCAUCAAGGUGCCAACCUACCUAUGUACGCCACAGCUGGCGAGUUAAUCCAACCAGCACAGAGUUUUACAGAGCUAUUGUUGGGUCCGGUUGAUAUAAUGCAGACCGGAUUUCAGAAUAACUUGGCCUUAUACAAUUAUGGUGGCUUAAGUGCAGGUAGUGCCUCCCGUGUUCCGCCUCUCCAGGCCCAGGAUUGGAAUGGCCGCCCAUACUUAGAACAGCCGGACCAGGCCCAACUUAACCAACAGCAACUGAAUUCUUCUUACAAAUCGGUUAAUGAGACCCCCAGAUUGGUCCAGAAAGGCUUCUGGAAGUGA